AUGGCCAAGUUCCUCGAAGAAAACACACCCGCCAGUUAUGGCUAUUCCGCUACGUCUGACCAAGAGCCAAAUGUCUGCGAGGCAUGUCGGAAUAUCUCUUCAUCCUCCCUCAGGGAGAAGCUGAGCGCUCCUCCUUACUGCUGGUCUAGUUACUCUCUUGUCAACCGCGACAUCUCUGACGAUCGCGGAAUGGUGCAUCUUCGGAAUGCGCGUAGCCUCAAAUCCUCGGCUGAGGCUUGCACGCUGUGUUCCCUCAUGGCACGCGAAUUUUGCGAACACUUUCGCUUAGUUCACGCCACAAAGGACCCGUGGGGUUGCGUCAAAGAGACACCCAUCUUCCUGGGUCCCCGACUUGACCGUGGCCGUCGCCACAACUUCCCAUAUAGUGAUGAGUGGUGCGCAAAGUUGGAUGGAAUGCAGGUUUGGAUACCGGUCGAUGAUAAAAAGGUUGACCCUCUGCGAGAUGGGUACAUGUCUUUUUGUAUCCGGUUCUACACCGAUGAUGAAAAAGACAGCCCUCACACCUUUAGAGACAUUACUACUAGGCUCCCUAUUGAAUAUACUGGGAGCUCUCUAGCCUUUUCACGUCUAAACACAUUUAUUACGGCCUGUCAAGAUGAUCAUGCCAAGUGCAUGAAGACCAUCGCCGGAGCAACUCUUAAUCCAAACGAGAAGCCCACCAUGCCGACUCGUGUCAUUGAUAUAGGGCCCAAGGGUUCCAGUUAA